AUGUCCGAGGUGUUGCCAUAUAACGAAGGCAAGAUGAGCGGCUACGGAGCAGACAGCGAGGUCAACCAGAUGUCCUUUAGCUGCGGACUGCAGGACACCAGCGCCUUUUUCUCUGCGUCGCAAGGAAAAAGACCUCCGAAGCUCGGACAGAUCGGCCGGGCUAAGAGAGUGGUGAUAGAGGAUGACCGAAUAGAUGAGGUCCUGAAGGGGAUGACAGACAAGUCUUCACCUGGGGUUUAA